AUGACAGGUGCGGAGCCGCACACCAGCGGGGAGGGUGAAGGGGAUGGCGCCAUUAAAGGCAUCGACAUGAUGUGGACGCUGAACCCCACCGUCACGUACGCUGCUGGCGUGUUCGUCGUGAUUGCUUGCAUCAUUUCGUUUGCCGACACCCGUGAGCACCUCGCCCGCUUUGACUACCCGCAACUGCAGAUUGUUGUGAUCCGUAUCAUUGUGAUGAUCCCUAUUUAUGGCCUGUUCUCCCUCCUAUCGCUGGUACUUGUGAAUAUGCGCUUUUUCCUCGAGACGAUACGUGACACGUACGAGAGUUUUGUACUGUACAUGUUCUUCAUUCUGCUGCUGAAGUACUGCGGGGGCGAGGGGCAGCUGCUGCGGUCACUCAAGGCAAAGCGCUACAAGGGCGUACACCUGUUUCCCGUCUGCUGGCUGCCGACGUACCCGCUCGACACCGCCUUCUACCUGCGUUGCAAGCGCUGGGUGCUGCAGUGCGCGCUCAUCAAACCGAUGUGCUCUUUCCUCGCGAUGGUGCUACACCCGAUGGGCGUCUACAAUGAGGGCUCCUUUACCCUCGACAACGCAUACACGUAUGUGUCAGUGGUCAUCAACUUUAGCCUCACCAUGUCGCUGUACUACCUCGUCCUCUUCGAGGUGGAGCUUGAGAAGGAGCUGCACUACGCAAAACCGUUCCUUAAGUUCCUCUGUAUCAAGACCAUUAUCUUCUUUAGUUUUUGGCAGAGUGUCACGGUGAAUCUCAUGGUGAGCGCAGAUUUGCUCUACACUGGCAAAACAGAGGAGGAGCGCGAGCAUGUCGGCUCGGCGAUUCAGGACCUCCUGAUGUGCUUCGAGACGUUGCCGGUUGCGCUGAUGCACCGUGCCGCGUUUGGACGUCACAAACUUGACGACGAGAUGGCCGCAGUGCCGAUGUACAUGAAGGAUGAGAGCAACCGUAAUAUUCGAAACAACAUUGACGCCGCCCUCAGCAUCAACGACGUCAUUGAGGACACGAUUGCCACCAUCUUUUACCGACGUGGAAAACUUGUUGACCAGGAGAACGCCGAAGACGAUGCGGCCGAUGACAUGGAACAAGUAGCUGCUGGUAAAAAACAUGGCUCUGCUGCUGCCGCUGCUGCCGCUGCCGCCGCCGUGGGUGAUGGUGGGGGGCCUGCUGGGGCGGACGCAGCUGUGGUGGCGUACGGGCGCGACCCGACGGUGGAGGAACUCGUGCACCACGCCAUCACCUCCGACUUCGGUGUGCACGCCGACGGCCUGCUGCACUACGACGAGGACAUGGACCGGGAGGAGCGCAACCGCGACAUGAAUUUCACCGACACGGACGUCAUCAUGCGCCGCACGAGGCACGAGGAUGCGAGUGAGGCGGUGAAGGUGGACACGGACCUCCUCAAGAGCCACCAGGUGCAGCCACAAACGAAUGCGCCGCAGAUUUACUGCGUUGUAUGUGGACGCUUUGACCGGGAGAUGGUCCGCCGCAAGAACGGAUACAAGUGCAAGGAGUGCAUCGGCGUCAAGAGCAAGGCGUUGUUGCGCACGUAUCAGAAGGAGGUACUUGGGCCAGCGACGGAUAACCGCCGCACUCCAUCUCUGCAGGAGGAGUGA